CAUGAAGAAAAAUCAAGUUCACGAUAUAGAAUGGACCAAAGAAGAUUUUUUCUUCAUUGAGGACGAUGGGGUUUCAGACUGGGAGGAAGAGUUUAAUUAUGACUCUCGGAAACGACACAAAAACAGCAGUAAACAAAGUGCACAGGUCAGGGAGAGCUCCCCUCCUCUCCUCCUGACCUUCCCCAUCUCUUCUGGAAAGACACAGCAGAACAUCAGUAGUGUCUCCAGUGAUGAUUUACAGGAAGAGGAGGAGGACAGUAACCAGUCCAUAGAGGACUGGAUGAUCCUGGGAGGAGAGGAACAGGAGGACUCUAACAUCCUGCUUAAUCAACAUUACUGGAGCAGCUCUGAAGACGAGUUUGGAGCUAAAGACAUGUCAGAUGAGAAAUCGGUACCAGACAUCUGGGCCAUAUCAGAUAAAGAUAAGUAUGGUACUGCUGAGUCUUUGGCCUUUCGCUAUUUCAUCCCUGGUCGCUCGUCGAUCUGUUACAUUUGCAAGAAGGCGGGACAUUUUGCUAAACAUUGCACCUCUCGAAAGAAAAGUCCUGCUUGUGUCCUUUGUGGCAUCCGGGGACACAUCCAGAGGGACUGUCCAGGUCGUCCGUGCCCUCACUGUGGAUUACCUUCGCAUGGCCUCGACCCGUGCAGAGUGCCUCCGGUAUGGAACCAGCACUGCCAGCGCUGUGGGACAAUGGGCCACCUGACAGAUGCCUGUCCAGAUACAUGGAGACAAUAUCACUUGACAGUGAGUUCAGAGGUUCCAUUCAAGCCAAGAACUGUCUGCAGUUUCAAACAGAAGCGUACUCGUGCUCAUUGUUACAACUGCUCUAAAAGAGGACAUUAUGGCUAUGAAUGCACAAUGAGGAGGAUGAUCAGUGGCACCUUUCAUUCUCUGCCUUACGUCUGCCACUAUGACACGGUGGAGGACCUUCUGCAGCGUGGUACCAGAACGCACACAGGAACUAAAGAUCUUGUGAGUGCUGGAUCCUGUCCUGCAAAAGCGGAGGAUUAUGGUGAGAAAAACGGGAGGAGUAGAAAAAAGCAGGAGGCAAGCGGAAGGAGGAAGACGUGGCCUGAAAGGCGCAGAGAAAGACGCGAGGUGAAGCGACUAAGAAGGGAGGCCAAGGUCAGACGGGAAGGAGGAGGACUUUUAAGGAGGUCUCGCUGCAAAUCUGAUGAAGUUUGUCCCACGGAGCCUUUCAGAAACAGACAGUUUAUUUCUCCUCCAGAGAAAAAGAAGGAGGAGAAAGAUGAGGAGGAAAGCAGCAAAGUGUAGAGCUGGAAGAAAAGAGGUGGGAUUAAACAUGGGGAUUUGUGUCCUCAUCCUGACUUGGACCCUGGAAGUGAAAACCUGUAUUCAAA